AUGGCCAUAGCCGCCACCAUUUCAGUCCAUCUCACCACCCCGGCUCGCCGGUCUCUCUCCUCCUUCACUAGUUCCUUUCGGUCUUCUUCUUCUUUCUUUUCUCUUCAAAUGGACACUCUCAAAUCGAUUACUACUUCAAUUCGGAAUCCUAAGUUUCGGGUCAUCUCUGCUUCUUCAAUUAGAAUCGAAGCGCCCGAGGAAGCCUCCCCAGCUUCUUUUCUAGACCGGAAAGAAAGUGGGUUUCUUCAUUUUGUCAAGUACCAUGGGCUUGGCAAUGACUUUAUCUUGGUGGAUAAUCGAGAUUCUAUGGAACCCAGGAUCACUCCGGAACAAGCGGUGAAGUUGUGUGAUCGGAACUUUGGUAUUGGAGCUGAUGGAGUGAUAUUUGCAAUGCCGGGGAUCAACGGAACUGAUUACACAAUGAGGAUAUUCAAUUCAGAUGGUAGCGAGCCCGAGAUGUGUGGUAAUGGAGUUCGUUGCUUUGCUAGAUAUAUUGCCGAGCUUGAUAGUUUACAUGGGAAGCAAAGUUUUACCAUACAUACUGGUGCUGGUUUAAUUGUUCCUGAAAUUCAAGAGGAUGGAAAGGUUAGAGUUGAUAUGGGUGAACCGAUACUGAAGGCACUAGAUGUUCCCACAAAACUGCCUGCAAAUAAAGAUCAAUCUGUUGUCAAAUCAAGACUGGAGGUAGAUGGAGUAACAUGGAAUGUCACAUGUGUUAGCAUGGGAAAUCCCCAUUGCGUUACUUUUGGCACGGCAGGAAACCAGGUAUGUGUAUUCCUCAAAGCAUAUUUGAUGUAG